AGACAAGUUUCCAAGAAUGGUAUUUUCAGACUCCGGGAGUCUAAAACGUUGAGAUCCAUCAAAGUCUCGACUUUCCGAUGCUUUUCCUGAACUUCAUAAACGAGAAGAGGAGGAGGUGAGGUUAGGAGCCCACGCUGUCCUAGCGCAUUGCCGCACCCACCACGUGACGAGCCACCUCAGGAUCCCAGAUUAGGACCCGAGUGCAGCCAUGACACCUGAGGUGACACCUCCGCAGCACACCAGUUCCGAUGGAAUGGAGCCAGUGGGAGGCUUUAUUAUGGUGACUGGAGUGCCAGUUCUGCCACCUUACCCCAGGUUCUUCCCUGCAGGUUAAGUGCCCAGCGAAGUCGAGUCAGCCUUGUGAUUGCCAGGGCAGAUCUCUGGCCUCGGAGCCACCACUCCGCCCAGCUGCAGACGAGAAGGUAACAAACACAAAGACUUGGCAUUUCACAUUAAAACGCAGAAUCAGAGCCGUCGAAGCAGCUGACGUGGGGCUGCAGGUAAGACAGCUGGCGGACCCCCUUUUGUUUUUGCGGUUUGUGUUCUUGUAAGUUGAUUUUAGGACAAUCGUGUCCUGACCUUCCUAAUCUCCAGGCUGAUGGUGGGAAGAACACAGCAAAUGUUUAGUAGCAAGGACUGGAUUUGAGUCUGCAUGACAAUAGAAACAGAAUUUGAACAAAAAAACAGAAAGGGGAUGUGCCCCCCAUUUAGGCAAAUUCAUUAAAGAUAAGAAACUGAAGCAACCCCCUGCCACGGCCACCAGGGCUCAGUCUAUGGAGGUGUCUUUAUGUCCACCUGCGGCCGAUUCGCUUGACUGGACCUCAAGGUUGUCCACAGGGGAGCACCGGCCAAGCCGUGGGGUCAAAGGGAGCUUAGAGGGGGGACUGCGUCCAGUAACAGACCUGACAAAGAUGGCGGCACCCCUGAAGGGUCCCAUGGGGACAGCGGCCUCCUGAACGAACGCUGAAGUGGAUGAAGUUUGGAAGAAGCCCACCUGUCACACUGAGCAAUCGUGGGAGAAGACCUUCGAGGUGGCUGAGCUCCACGACGCCUGUCUGCAGAUGGGAGAAACUCCCAGAAGGACAACCGUCACUGCGACACUCCAGGGCUCCAAGGGGGCUUCAAGUCCCUCCCUCGGCAAAAGACACAAGGAAGCCCACUUGGAGUUUGCAAAAAGGCACCUGAAGGACCCACAGACUGUGAGGCACAAGACUGGCAUCUCUGAGCGUCGGUGCGGGUUGGCGCCACACUCCCUCUUGAACCCGAACCGCCGAGAUGAGCUGAGCCAAUGAGGACAGUGGGUGGGUGCCAAGUGAGCCAAUCCGAAUGAAAGACAGGGGGGCUCAGUAGUGCGGUAAGCCAGGAAUAAGAAAUAAAAGAAAUAAAAUGAGGUCGAAAUCUCGAACCCUUAAAAUCGACAUCUCCUCUGCGUACCCCGCACAGCAGACGAGGCGCCAACCGGCAAGCACAACCACCCGUCCUUUGUAGGCCCGGACCCCCGCAGUGCUCCUUCAGCUCCAGCUGCCUCUCCCCGGACCCCCCGAGCUGCUCAGCCCCCCCAGCACCGACCUUUUCCUUUCUCCGUCUUACUCCGUUUUUUUAAAGGCUGCAGUGUGAUUGGGGGACACGGGCACUGGUGAGACCCCCAUCUGGAGUCCUGGGUCAGUUUGGGCCUUUGGCCUACAAAAGAACACAGCAGCACAAGAAGAAGUCCAGAGAAGAGCGACUGGGCUGACUAUGGGGGGCUAUGGGGGGUGAGAUAUGAAGAAAGAUUAAAAGAGCUGAGCCUUACAGAGAUGAAGAGGAGACCUGAGUGAAGAUGAUGAAGGGCAUCAGUGCAGUGGGUCGAGAAUGGGCACUCACACAAACCUUAGGAAAACCAGAGGCACCUGGAACAAGUGACCAGGGGGGCUUUGGGGACCCUCAGACCUCAACUUGAUGUCACUUUAGAAUUAAGUGGACAGGCCUGGCGAGCUUGUGGGCUGAGUGGCCUGCCAAUGCCUCCGGGGCACAACUGAGGCGCCCGACUGAUCCGCCCGCUUGCACACACCCACACACGAUCAUUCACUUAAAACACACCCGACGCCAUGGACCACCAAUCACAGCGCCCGCUCGUCACCAGCACAGCACCAGCCCAGUGGUGAGGCACAGUGGUGAGGCACAGUGAGGGCAGGGCUAAGGGCCAGCGCCAAGUCCAGAACUGUCCUUCAUGAGACCCAAUGCCAGAGCCUGGGCUUCGCUGGCUCCCAACGGGCUCCGUCCUCCCUGAAAGUGCUUGAGACGAUCGGCAGAGAAGAAGGACACAAAAUUCCCAAAAAGGCUCCUGGAUGGAAUUGCUGCCAAAAUAAAAUGGUUGGCAUGCUUGUGCCAAUGUGCCAUAUAGAGAAGGACCUUGAAGGUGAGACCCCUGAGCCUUUAAAUGAGGACCAGUCGAGGCUGUGAAGCACAAGCCAGUGAGGAGACCUGAAAGAAAGAGGAGCAGGCAGCUUGGUGUCAGGGGCACAUGGGGCACAGGACAUGGCACCACCGAGGAGGAAGUGUGCCCAGCAGUCUGAGGCUCCAGUUCAGGCCCAUAUGAAGAAAGUCGUCUCGUUAGCUGCUUGCUGGCCUCACACUGACCACAAACACUCGGCCCCCCAAGGUGUCGUCUGCGUGUCACCUCUCCGUGUCACUCUGACUGCUCCUUUUCAAAGCCCUCGUCCUGCUGCCUUCCCUUCUAUAAGCAGCGCUCGGUGGCUUUUUGGGAUUGUCCUCGUCAUUCUCAGUAGCGUCUGGGGAGGACCACCUGGCUCUGGGUGGUCUGAAAUGAAAUGGAGAAGAAGGACAAGCAGCAGUGACACGGGGAGAGCAUGCAGAUGACACACAUGACACGUCCACUGGCAGCACAAGGCCAGCCUGCCAUUGAAAAUGGCCUUUCAAACAGGGCCAUGAGACCAGCAGCUUCUUUUCCACGUAGUGGACGUGCACACAUGGGCCUUCUUGGUGGCCUUUUCCCAUUUAGUGCAGUCCUCCUCAGCGGUGGGUGAAGAUGAAGACGCGUUCCUCCUUCCUUUCUUUGAAAUGGCUGCGGCUACCUUUGAAUGAUCCUGGACGUCACACACACACACACAAUCAAACAGGUGGUCAUCAUUUGAAUGUGACAAAUGACCUUCAGUCCCCUCAAAAACUGGACAGGCCAGGCUGGACGGAGUACAGAGGGAACACUGCAGGGCCCCGCAUACACACAGCGUCACAGGCUACAAGAGACCACCAAUGGAGGCAAUGACGUCUGACUGAAUUGUGGUGCGCGGUCGUGCGUGUCAGGGACAGACGGGACAGACAGGACCAGUCCGAGUGCCCCCACAAUGUCCACCCGUCUGCCUAACGCCAUGCAGGCUUCCUAAGGUUUAUGCUCAGGGUCUGGGGGUCCAUUGUGUCGCGGUCCCCUUUCUGACCCCAUGAGGAGCGCAGCGGCUGAAGCGCCGGCUCGCCCCUCGGGAGCGCUAAAAGCGCGCGCACGCCACGGAAGGCCGGCCCAGCUGUACGCGCGCUCCCGAAUCGCCCGGGCAACCACGACGCGCUUUGUAAACACGCGGAGCGAGCGCGAGAGCGAGCGCGAGCGCCAGUCAGCUAAGGACGCAGCAGAAUCCCGAUCCCCGUGGCGCCCCCGUCGUAUUUCGGGAGCAUGGAUGCGUGUCAGACUGAGAUGCCGCGGGCGGCCGUCCCGGUGCAGGUGACGGUGCUGCGAGGCCGCCAUUUGAGAGGGACAAAGGGCACCAGCCUUCUUUCUUACACCCGAGUGGAGUUCAACGGCACAGUGAUUGGCGACUCACCCAAAGUGGACAGCUCGCCAGAAGCCGGUGCCGAGUACAACUUCACCUGCAGCUUCGACUGCACAGACACCAGCAACACCACAGACGACCUGGCACACAAGCCUGUGAUCUUGACCCUCAUUGAAAUUUUACCAAAGGAGAAGAAGCAGAAGGACGAGAAGAUGGUGACACUGGGCCAGGCCGUUGUGGACCUGCUGCCCCUUUUACAAGGUCAAGUCUCCUUCACAACUGUCGUUACCGUCCAGCCAGUACCCGGGACUGCAGCAGAUGGCAUCAUAUCAGAGGGAGGCAGCAAGCCCCAACUCGAGGUGUCCGUGUCCGCCCCACAGGCCCUGGUCCCUGAAGCACUGCUGGCCAACUCCAACCUCCUUAAGGUGGCCCUCCAUAGUUUGUACUCGGCUCCUGAUGCCUGGAGCCUGACGGGCACCCAGUUUCAUUAUGGUGCUAGCAUGCUGAUGCCCUGCUCAGCUGAGAGGGACCAGCUGCUCUUCUUUACCGGUGGAGUGCUGAAGCCAGGAGGAGAACCAGAGCCGGUGCCACGUCUGAAGAAGUGGCCAACGGGAUCAGUUUUGAUGCCAGGGUCCCACUUCAUCUUGGGUUCUGACACAGAGGCUGAAGCAGCUGAAGAACUUGGAGACCUGACGUCCCCCGAGGACCGAGUGUUCCGUGCCGAGGCAGAAAGCGCCAGGAAGAGGGUGAGCUGGGACACCGAGAGGCGCUGCUUUAUGGACUCGGGGGCUGUCGGCCGGCUGUUGAACCAAAUCGUGGAGUGCAGAUAUUGGCCGCUGGAGAUCAUGAGGAUGCCCACUCCGAAUGCAGCGAAGGUUGGAAAGGUUGGCAAAGACAAGGCGGAGGACGAGGGGCAGAUAUCCUUCCAUGGAAUGGUCUUUGUGGACAUGGCAGCCCUUCUGUACCCGGGGGUGAAGAGCAUCCGAGGGGCCUACAGGAUCUUCCCAUUUAAUGAGGCGGACUUAUACGCCAAGACCAAGCGCCGCAGCAGCAACCUAAAGGAUCACCAGAAGCAGAACUGGCAGACUGGAAGAGGACGAGAGCCGUCGGCUGCUGGCACGCCAACCCAUAAGGCAAAGAACCUGAAGGAGGACAAGGGCAUUGUGAAGAGGGGCUCAAUACAAUCGGCGAGUCACAAGCCAGAUGGCCUGCAGGAGGCGGAUGGCAGUGUGCCCUUGAACCCGGAAGGACAGAUGUACAUGGAGGCGAAGAGCUACGUGGUGCUGGAGGUCACUCUGGACAAGGCACUCGUGCCCAAGAGGCCGUCGGAGGAGCUCGCCAGAAGAGUUAAAGAGCUCAUCCCAGCAAGGCCUCCCCUUCCACUGCGGACAGCUGGCGCACAAAAGGCUGUCAGCGACUAUCACCGGGAGAUUGUGCGGGUGGCGGAUUUGGUGAUGAAGGAGUACCAGGACCUGUUCGGGCCGGCGGUGGCACGAGGGGACCUCGCCCUUGACCCCAGUGCCCAGGAGGAGCGCAAGAGGAAGCUGUUGGGGGAGCUCAACUAUUCCGGGAAGUACUUCACGUUCAAGGAGCAGCUGAAGCACUCCGUGGUGCGCAUCGUGAGGGAGAAGCUCCUGCAGACGUCCACCUUCUCCGACCAGGCCCAGCUGCAGGCCUUCCUCAGCCAGCUUUACACCUUCUUGGUGGACCAGAUCCACGUCUCGCUCAACCAGACCCUUCAGGUGAACGUCCCGAACGGGGAGGCGCGCGCCCUGAAGGACUGUAGCCAGCUCAGACACUUUGCCAAAGAGGCGGAGAUCAAUGCGGACUACGACUUGGCGUCCAUGUACUACCAGGAGAGAAUUGCCUUGGACCGCAGUGACCCGUCACACUGGUUCGACUAUGGCACCUUCUGCCUCCUCAUCUCAGAUGUCACCAAGGCUGAAGAGUGCUUCCAACAUGCGCUGGCCAUUGACCAGAAACACGUGCCCAGCCUGUUGCUUUGUGGGGUUAUGGCAGAGAUGGCAGGGCGCUUUGAAGAUGCCCACACUUUCUUUGAGAAUGCCACUUGUGUGGAUGCCACCGGAGCACUGGCCUGGACCAUGUUAGGGCUCUUUUACGAGGCUCAAGGAAAUCCAAUUCAGGCAGAAAUGGCUUUCCUGGAGGCAAAUAAGCAGCUGAAGGGAAAGUCGGGGCAUGCAAGGGCACCAUCGAGCAGGGCAUUGCCAGCCGAGGCAGAGGCCACUGAAGAAAACCCGAUCACAGGAGAGACGCCAGUGUCCACUGGACUGGAGGUGCCAGCCGCGGCAGCAGACGAGCAGGCCAGUGAGCCACACCAAAAGGCCGACGCUGUGCCCACGGAGGACACCCAGGUGUCUGAGGAGAUGAAUGCGGUGGCGGCAGCGGCGGGGGACCAGAAUUGUGAGGGCCGUGGCACCACCAUCUUCAUGGAGGCUGCUCACUUCCUGCUGCAAGUCAACGCCCUGCAAUUUGCCCAGCGAGCCCUGGCACAUGAGCUACUCUUUCCAGAUGGCGGGCCGAGCUGCCUGUACCAUGUGACCCUUGCCCGUCUGCAGCUCCACAUUCGAGAGUUUGCCAAAGCAGAGAACAGCCUGCAGGAGGCGCUGCGUGCCAGCCAUGAGAACCCUGAUGCAUGGGCCCUCAAUGGGCACCUGCAGUACCUGAACGGCAGGUUCAGUGAUGCCAGGCAGUGCUACGAGCGAACGCUGGACUUGGUGGCAGACACCUCGGAGCUUCACGCCGUUUAUCUUCGCCUCGGCUCGAUCUACUUGAUGGAGAAGCAGUACCAUCAGGCCAAGCAGACGUACCUGAGGGCCUGCAAGAGGUCGCCCACCUGCCUCACCUGGCUCGGCCUUGGCAUUUCCUGCUACCGGCUCCAGGAGUUAAGCGAGGCAGAGGAUGCCCUCUCUGAGGCCAACAUCCUCAACAACAGGAACCCGGAGGUGUGGGGCUACCUGAGCCUCGUGUGCCUGCAGACUAACAGAAGGGUGGAAGCGGAGCAGGCCUUCAAGUUUGCCAUCAAGUUAAAUCUUCAGAAUGAAGACGUUCUUCAGGAAAUCCGCCAGUUGCAGCACCAGGUGGGCUUCGGUAACCCAGCAUUUCAGUGAGGACCCCGAGAGGACAAGCAGGCAGGCUGGCGGGCCGAGGCACUGAGCACACUGUGGACACGCAGGCCACCAUUAAAAGACCGCUGGCCACCACCAGGACGUCCAGGUGAUCUCGUCGCAUCAAAUUGGACUUUGACAGUCAGAGAAGCCGCCGCCGGCACAGCUCUCAAGAAUGGCGUUACUGUGGAGCUGCACGUCGCCCAGUGGUGGUCCGCAUGGCAGCACCUUGCGCUCUCCCAAAUAAAGCGCCUUUCCACUGG